AAAAUAGCAUUGGCCGAGGCUACGCUCGCUCGGCGGUGACGAAUCACUGUUCGCCAGUCGAUUUCGCGAAGAAGUAGUUAAGGGUCGACGAGGGCCGGCCGCAUUACCACGCAUAACAUGGCUUCGGUCGCGGCUUGGCUGCCGUUCGCCCGGGCGGCGGCGAUUGGGUGGGUACCAAUAGCGACGCACCCGUUGCCUCCACCGCCCAUACCGAAGAAUCGUCGCAAGGCCGACGAUGAGAAGCUUCUGAUCAACGUUUCUGGUCGCCGUUUCGAGACUUGGCGUAACACUCUCGAGAAGUACCCGGACACGUUGCUCGGCUCCAACGAGCGCGAGUUCUUCUACGAUGAAGAAUCCCGUGAGUACUUCUUUGAUCGCGACCCGGACAUAUUUCGUCACAUCCUCAAUUAUUAUCGCACUGGCAAGCUUCACUACCCGAAGCACGAGUGCCUGACCAGCUACGACGAAGAGCUCGCGUUCUUCGGUAUCCUGCCUGAUGUUAUCGGUGACUGCUGCUACGAGGACUACAGGGACAGGAAGCGCGAGAACGCCGAGCGCCUGAUGGACGACAAGCUGAGCGAGAACGGCGAUCAGAAUCUUCAGCAGCUGACGGACAUGCGCCAGAAAAUGUGGCGUGCCUUUCAGAAUCCACAUAUUUCGACCGCGGCCCUCGUAUUCUACUACGUCACGGGCUUCUUCAUUGCGGUAAGCGUCCUGGCCAACGUCGUGGAGACAGUACCAUGUGGUAAUAGGCCAGGACGCGCGGGUACGCUCUCCUGUGGCGAGCGAUACAAGAUCGUAUUUUUCUGCCUGGAUACCGCCUGCGUCAUGAUAUUCACGGCUGAGUAUUUAUUGCGGCUGUUCGCGGCGCCGAGCCGUUGCAAAUUCGCUAGAUCGGUCAUGUCCAUUAUAGACGUUGUAGCUAUAUUGCCGUACUACAUUGGUCUCGGCAUUACCGAUAACGACGACGUCUCCGGGGCCUUCGUCACCCUGCGAGUCUUUCGCGUAUUUAGGAUUUUCAAGUUCUCACGGCACUCGCAAGGCCUCCGGAUCCUCGGUUAUACCCUCAAGUCGUGCGCUUCCGAGCUUGGUUUUCUUGUUUUCUCACUAGCUAUGGCCAUCAUCAUAUUUGCCACGGUUAUGUUCUAUGCUGAAAAGAACGUAGACGGCACUAAUUUCACCUCGAUUCCAGCCGCUUUCUGGUACACCAUCGUUACAAUGACAACGUUAGGGUGA